AGCGGCGGCUGAUCUGAGUAACCGCGGCUACUCUAACGGCUGCUGAUCUAACUAACGGUGGCUAAUCUAACGGCGGUGAGGUGAAUUGUGUUGAUCGUUCAUUCGAUCAAUGUCGCUGGCGGGGAUCGGCUUGCGCUCGGCGAUCCGGCGGGCACGGGCGGAUGCUGCUGCGCUAGGAUGCGCCUACGGCGGCGGCGGCGGCGGAGGCGGAACGAGCGGAGGAUGGCGCGGAGGAUGGCGCGGAGGAAGGCGCGAAGCGUGCUGGCGGGAAAUCCGCGAUGACAAGUGUCCACGGACCGUGCCCCGUCACUCCGAGGAGUCGCGCGCGGAGACCGCGGUUGUCUGCGCCAGUUCUGACGGGUUUGCCCUCGGCGGAGAUGAUGGACGGCGCGGAGGAAGGCGCGAAGCGUGGUGGCGGGAAAUCCGCGAUGACAGGUGUCCACGGACCGUGCCCUGUCCCUCCAACGAGGCGCGCGCGGAGACGGCGAUUGUCUGCGCCAGUUCUGACGGGUCCGCCCGCGGCGGAGAUGAUGGAUGGCGCGGACGGCCGAGAUUGACAGAUGGAAGUCGAUCGCCGGGGAACGUUUGCAACGAGAAUCUUAUCCGAUUUGGAUUUGGAGUCGAGUUUGGAUUUUCUGACACGUGUCGAACGAGCAUGCAAUCGGCGGCGCCUGCUAUAGCUGACGCGUGGUGCGCUUCUGCUGUCCAGCAGCAGCAGCAGCAGCAGGAGCUACUGCAGCGGCGGCGGCAGCAAGAUCCUCUGUGCAUCAAUGACGUAGAUCCCCCGAUCCCGAUAGGCAUGCGAGGACGGCGAUGGCAUUCAUUAUUUUUGGCGGCGACGUCGCAGAUUGCUGACACGUGGCAUAAUGGUGGGCAGCGUUCGUCGGGGUCGGGAUUCUGCGAUCAACGGGGAGCCGGCAGCAGGAGAUUUGAUAGCGAUCAACUGUUUUUUUGGGGAAAACGAUCGAGCGGUGUCGUUGUCGGUGUCGGGAUGGAUCGGGAUCGGGGAAGGAUGGCUAUGGCGGCAGGCGCAUCGUCGCCGUCGAUUUCGCGCGCGAGAGGGAUCGUGACGCGGGCGCAUCGGCGGGCGCGGGCAGUGCAUCUCUUCCGGUGCCCGCUUUUGAUGCUUUCCUUCAAUCGUGACCAUGAUGACGAGUACAAGGAUGAUGAUGAUGAUGAUGAUGAUGAUGGCGGUAAUGGUGCUGCUGAUGAUGAUGAUGAUGUCGGCUAUGGUGAUGAUGGGAAUGCUGAUCAUGAUGAGGAUGAAGAAGAGGGGGCUGCUCCUGCUGCUCCCGCUCCCGCACCCGCUGCUGCUGCUGAUGCUGCUGCUGCUGCUGAUGAUGAUGAUGAUGACGAUGCUGAUGGUGAUGAUGAAAUUUAUGAGGAGAAGGAUGAGGGUUAUAUGAUGAUGACCCAACUUUGUUUUCGUGCUUUUCUGUGGACGCAUUUGGACGGGGACUGCAUUACUUUCACGCCGUGUGUGGUCGGCUUUUUAUCCUAGUCGGUCAAAUAUGAUUUUUGUUUGAUUUCUUUUUCACCUUACAUUGUAAGUUUUUCUUUUUGCGUUUGAUUACACGCAAAG